UUCUCUUCUCCUAUUGUCCCACCGCAUUUCUUCAGUAACACCGUUUCGGUUUCUCCCGCUUCCCUUUUUCUCCACAUACAGCCUACUGAGCACGGUUCUCUCUCGUUUAGUCUGCUUCUCUGCCCCCACUCUCACUGGCCUCCCACCUCUCCUCGCUACCCUGCAGGAAGCUGAGACUCCUCACGAAGCCUAGAGAUGGGAUGGUAGGUGGGUGGGCACUGGCGUUGCGGUCCCGCCCCUCAGUGCGUGUGUGAAUGUCUGUGUGGCGGUGACGCGGUGCCGGCGGCGGGGGAAGGAGGCUGGGCCCGCCAGAGAGGAUCGCUGGGGCUGCUCGGCUCCUGCGCGCCCUCCGCUCCUCGCCGCCUGCCGAGGCGCAGGCAGAGCGCAGGCGGUGGCGGGCGGCAUGGAGAGCCUGCUGGAGAACCCGGUGCGUGCCGUGCUCUACCUCAAGGAGCUCACGGCCAUCGUGCAGAACCAGCAGAGCCUCAUCCACACCCAGCGCCAGCGCAUCGACGAACUGGAGCGGCGGCUGGACGAGCUAAGCGCCGAGAACCGCAGCCUGUGGGAGCACCAGCAGCUGCUGCAAGCCCAGCCACCGCCUGGACUCGUCCCUCCGUCGCCAGCCCGGCUGCCGGCUAUACCGGCAACCCCCACUACUGCCGCCGCCGGGGCCCAGGAACCUCUCCAGAACCACGGACAGGUCUCGCCUGCCUCGCCACAGCCCACACCAGAGCAGCCACCGAUUCAGCACCACGGACAGCUCCUGGUGCACCCCCAGCCGGGCCCCAGCGGCAGGGCUCACGCACCCCAGUCACCCCAUCAACACCCGGUGGUGCCCGUGGCCGUGGCCGACAAGGAGAAGGAGCGUCCUCCGAGUUGUUGCGCGGCCGCUGGAGCCCUCCUUCAGCACAAAUCCCCCGCUACCCUCGGCAAGGGCGUCCUGAGCAGGAGACCCGAGAAUGAGACCGUGUUGCACCAGUUCUGUUGCCCAGCUGCCGACGCGGAGCAGAAGCCAGCCUGCUCUGACCUGGCCUCCCAAAGUGACGGCUCCUGUACCCGGGCCGGAGGGGGCAUGGAGGACCCCGUGGCGGCGGCGGCGGUGGCAGCCGGCAGACCCAGUGCCCAUGCCCCGAAGGCUCAAGCCCAGGAGCUGCAGGAGGAGGAGCAGCGGCCGGGGGCCGGGGCUGCCUCCGCGAGGGCUGGCCCCCACCGCGCGGCCUCCCCGGGCCAGCAGCAGCCAGCCCUGGCGACGGCGCUCUGCUCCCACACUCCUGCCGCCUCCGAUUACGAGCUCUCCCUUGACCUAAAGAAUAAACAGAUUGAAAUGUUAGAACACAAGUACGGGGGCCACCUGGUGUCCCGGCGCGCCGCUUGCACCAUCCAAACCGCCUUCCGCCAGUAUCAGCUCAGCAAGAACUUCGAGAAGAUCCGCAACUCGCUCCUGGAGAGCCGGCUGCCGCGGCGGAUCUCCCUGCGCAAGGUGCGGGCGCCCACCGCGGAGAGCCUGGCCGCAGAGAAGGCCUUCAUGGAGGGCUACGGACUCCUGGGGCUGCCGCUGGUGCGUUCGCCCUCCCUGCCGCCCUCUCUCGCGGGCACGCUCACCGAGCUGGAGGACUCUUUCACGGAGCAGGUGCAGUCCCUGGCCAAGUCCAUCGACGAUGCCCUCAGCACGUGGAGCCUGAAGACCAUGUGCUCCCUGCAGGACAGUGGCGCCUACCAGAUCCACCAGGCGCUGCAGGCGGGCGCCGGGGGCCCCGGCCUGGAGGCCGAGCUGCGGGAGGCGGAGAGUGUCCGGCCCGGGCAGGGGGACGAGGUCGCAGAGGCCUCCUGCCUGCCCCAGGGCCACAGCAGCACCCUCAUGAUGGCCUUCCGGGAUGUCACCGUGCAGAUCGCCAGCCAGAACAUCUCUGUCUCCUCCUCCACAGCGCUGUCGGUGGCCAACUGCCUGGGCGCACAGGCCACCCAGGCCCCGGCCGAGCACACGGCGGCGGACAAAGCCGAGCAGGGGGAGGCCCAGGGGCGGGAGGUCCCAGCGAUCCCCGCUCUGGGCCAGGGGGGUGCGCCUGCCCAGAGCACGUGCCCCCAGGACGGAGCUGGGGAGGCCCUGGGUGUCCACCGGCCUGGGGCGGGGGAGAUGCUGCUGGAGGAGGCGGUGGCCACGGAAACAGAGGAGGGAGAGGAGGAGGAGGCAGGGGAGCUGGGGAAAGGAGCGGAGCCCGACGCCGGGGACACCUUGGAGCAGCUGAGCAGCAGCAGCGCGUCAGCCAAGUCGGGCUCUGAAGUGUCGGCCUCGGCCUCCAAGGAAGCCCUGCAGGCCAUGAUCCUGAGCCUGCCGCGCUACCACUGCGAGAACCCCGCCAGCUGCAAGUCGCCCUCGCUCUCCACCGACACUCUGCGCAAGCGGCUCUACCGCAUCGGCCUCAACCUCUUCAACAUAAACCCGGACAAGGGCAUCCAGUUCCUCAUCUCCAGGGGCUUCAUCCCUGACACCCCCAUCGGAGUGGCCCAUUUCCUGCUCCAGCGUAAGGGCCUCAGCAGGCAGAUGAUCGGGGAGUUCCUGGGCAACAGCAAGAAGCAGUUCAACCGCGACGUUCUGGACUGCGUGGUGGACGAGAUGGACUUCUCCAGCAUGGAGCUGGACGAGGCCCUGAGGAAGUUCCAGGCUCACAUCCGUGUGCAGGGGGAAGCCCAGAAGGUGGAGCGGCUCAUAGAGGCCUUCAGCCAGCGCUACUGCAUGUGCAACCCCGAGGUGGUGCAGCAGUUCCACAACCCUGACACCAUCUUCAUCCUCGCCUUUGCCAUCAUCCUCCUCAACACCGACAUGUACAGCCCCAACAUCAAGCCUGACCGCAAGAUGAUGCUGGAGGACUUCAUCCGCAACCUGCGAGGAAUAGUGGUGAAGGGAGGGGAAAGAGCCCAGGGGAAGAGGGAGGAGAUUCAGGACCAAGUGCUGUCUGCGCCCCAUCGCCGCCUGGUCUGCUGCAGUCGGCUCUUCGAGGUGACGGAUGUGAACAAACUGCAGAAGCAGGCUGCACACCAGAGGGAGGUGUUUCUCUUCAACGACCUGUUGGUGAUUCUCAAACUUUGCCCGAAGAAGAAGAGCUCCUCCACCUACACGUUCUGCAAAUCGGUCGGCCUCCUGGGCAUGCAGUUCCACCUCUUUGAGAACGAAUAUUAUUCUCAUGGCAUCACCCUGGUGACCCCGCUCUCGGGCUCUGAGAAGAAGCAAGUGCUGCAUUUCUGCGCCCUCGGCUCAGAUGAGAUGCAGAAGUUCGUGGAGGACCUGAAGGAGUCCAUCGCCGAGGUGACAGAGCUGGAGCAGAUCCGGAUAGAGUGGGAGCUGGAGAAGCAGCAGGCAGUAAAGACGCUCUCCUUCAAGUCCAGUGGAGCCCAGGGGGACCCACAGUCAAAGCAGGGAUCGCCGACAGCCAAAAGGGAUGCUGUGCUGGGGGAGAGGCCGGAGGAGAGCUCGGUGGAGGUGUCAAUUCACAACAGGCUUCAAACGUCCCAGCACAGCCCGGGGCUGGGGCCCGAGAGGGGAGCGCCGGUGCCAGACCUGCAGCCUAGCCCCUUGCGAGAGCAGCCCCCGCCGAGGCCGCCACCGCCACCCACACCCCCGGGCACCCUGGUGCAGUGCCAGCAGAUUGUCAAGGUCAUUGUCCUGGACAAGCCCUGCUUGGCCCGCAUGGAGCCCCUGCUGAGCCAGGCUCUGUCCUGCUACGCCUCCUCAUCCUCCGGCUCCUGUGGCUCCACACCCCUGGGGGGCCCGGGCUCCCCCGCCAAGGUCACCCACCAGCCUCCGCUGCCCCCACCCCCGCCCCCCUACAACCACCCGCACCAGUUCUGCCCCCCGGGCUCCCUGCUGCACAGGCGCCGGUACUCCAGUGGCUCUCGGAGCCUGGUGUAGACUCUGCCGAGUGUUGCUGCCCCGGGGAGGGGGGGCUCUCGCUGCCAGGGGUCCCGGGCUGCCCAACAGCCCGACGGCCCCUUCGCUGCUCCCCGACCCCUGGCACGAUUCAUUCCUGGUCACCAAUCACUGUUUUGGAGAGAACCCCAACCCUGAGACCGGGGUUUGCCUCACCCAGCCACACUGCUCCUUCUCCCAAAUCUGGAGCCGCCUCACUGUCCGGGGUGCACAGCUAGACGCGGCCCAGUCCUCUACUGCUGCCACCACUGGGCCGUUGGACGAUGGACUGAAGUGACCAGGCUGCCCGCCCCAGCACGGGCACCUCACUGUCUGGGUGAGGGUUGGCCCUGCGUCCCUGGAGGAACGGAAGAGGGGGGGCUUUCUCUAUGGCUGCUGCUCCCCCUGAGCCCACGGGCUGCAGAGGCUGUGGCCCCACUGCAGGGGUGUGGGCUGUCUGACCGCCCCUCCCCACCGCCCGGCCUCCUGCUUUCUCGGGAGCUGGGGCCCAGCCUGCGCGGGCUGCCCGGACUCCAGGAAGGCGUCCAGAAAGGAAAGGGGACACGGGCACCCUUAGCUCUUAGACAGCAGGGCUGCGCCACAGUGACAUCACCUAUCUUCCAAAUGCACCCGCAAAGAGCUUCUUCAUUCCUAGUCCCCCAGUGACCCCAGCCAGCACCGAGGGUGCCGGGGGCGUAAACGUAAACACAGCUGCGACCAGGUUAACUUCUUCCAUUGCGGCAGCAGCCCUGGGCACAUCAGCAGCAGAGGUAGCAUUUGGGCCGGGCAAAGGCUCUUUCUGCUUGCCCCGUGGUCUCCAGUGGGUGUAGAAGUGGGUGGGAGGCAGUGCUCAGAAGCUCCUGCAUCCCCCACUGCUCCCCAAGCUAGCCCCUCUGCCUUUACAACCCCCCUCCAAGGCACCAGAACCCCUCUGUCAGGGGUGGCUAGGAGAGGCACUGCACCCUCAAAAUUGCAAUACGGAGCCAGCAGGGUUGGCUGGCCGCCCCAGGGCGAGUGGCACCAGGGCCCGGCUUCCUGCAGCCCCACACACUGGUAGAGCAGCAGGAGUCCUCGGGUGGUGCCAUGGCCACCCACGCUGGCCCUUCCGGAGGUGUGGUCUAAGCCAGGCUGGACUCUCCAGUCCUGAGCCAGAAACUCAUUGCUGUCCACUGUUAAGAUCUCCUCCAAUGUGGAGUCUGCUUUCAAAGCACCCAAAGAGAUGAACAGCCCUUUGGCCAAGUCUACCGCGAGCUGGCUCCUUCGCCCUUCCCCAGUCCCAGCUGCAGCGCCCCGGGCUGCAGGGAGGCCCAGGCCCUGCCUGCUCUCAGAGGCCCGCCCACCUAGUUUCCCAUGUCUGUGUGGUCACUAGGUGUCACCCAGCAGGUCCUCUGGUCUUGUCUGUCAGCCCCGUUUCCACACUCGGGAACAGUGUGCUGUCUUUACCCACCAAGGUCUGUGGUCUGCUCCCCCACCAUGUUACCCGACCCCUCUCCUGCGUCUUUUCCAUAAUGGGGACCCCCGAUUGUAGCUUUUCACAGUGGAGGGGCUGGCAGAUGGGGUGCACUCAUGUAGAUGCCUGGAAUAUCCUUGGUCUCCGAUGGAGAGGGGAGGCUGGGCGGCAGAUGCCAGGAGCUUCAAGGGAAGUGGAGUUGUGGUGACGGGGGACCAAAUCUUGAGUGAGGGGGCAGGGAAAGAAUAGGUGUGUGGAUGGGAGGUCGGGGGUAUGAGCUCAAGGAAUAGGAGCCAGGAGGUGCGGGGGCCAUGAGGUCAGGGUGCUGUGGAAGAGGCGCUUCGGCCCCUCAUCACCUGUUCCCAUAGUGAACUGACCUCUGCUGAAGCCUUGACCUUCUUCAUUGGGAGAGCAGAGUGUGUGGGUGCGUGCGUGGCUCUCCGAGACUGGCUGCUCAGAUGUCUCUGCCCUUCCCCAGCCAGGGGCUCCCCGCCAGCCCCUUGCUGCCCUGGGCCCCAGUGGCAGUGCAGAAGACCCCCAUCUUGGAAGCAGGUGGCCCUGUCAGUGCACAAAGCUGAGCUGUGAGGCUUCUAGGCCCCUGGCCCGGGGCGGGGUGCAGCUGGCCCUCUUCACCGUGGAGGAAGCUAGCGCCUGUCACCUCCUGCUCAAUCAGCAACAGGCCAUGGUUGGGACCCUGCUCUGUCCCCGUCCCCAGGGACCUGCAACCAGCCUUGUGACCCUGUGGCCUCAGCGACGUCAGGGCUGUGAGCCCUCUCAGAGGGCUGGAGAAGCCCUGAGGAGACUGUGCUGACAGUGGGGGUGCGCUGGGCCACCCCGCACAGCCUCCUGGGUGCAGACCCAAGUACCCCAAGAUGGCGCCACGCAUAACUCUCUAGGCCUUACACUGGGGAACUGGACCCCUCUCUCAAUUGUCCAUUGGGCCCCAACUCCAGAAUUAGGAGUGGGAGGCGCAGUUAACUCUCCCACCCACUUUCGGGCAGUCCCACCUCCAGACCUGGGCCCAGAGCCUGCCCUGGCAGCUCCUCCUGGAGGCCCGCCUGCCUGUCUCCAAAGGCACACACGCACCCGAGCCCGAGUCCUGGACCCAGGUACCCUGACACCCCACCCCACCUGUUCCCUCCUAGCCUGCCAGAAUGUCUCUUUGUGCCCAGUAAGCUUCCCUGGUAACCACCGUCCCUCUGUGCUGUGUUCUGCUGUACAGACCUUCUUGCUGUUCCCCACCCCCACCCACAUCUGCCCCUUCACCCAUUGGAGAGAAAACUCUCUAGGGAAAGGCAGGGUGGCUGCACCCAGCGACUAAUCCAAAUGGCAAAUAUUUUGUAACAAAAUAGCCCAGAGGUAUUUUAUCUGUUCACUUCAUAGAGUUUUAGAGAUUAUAUUGAAAUAUGUCACUUGA